ACAGUUCAAUCAGCGCUUAGUAAUGGCUGCGCCCAGGUAAAAUUAUUACAGGUGUAAUAAAAUGAGAUUUAUUUUCUAUUUCUCAACUACAUGUGCAUUUUAAUGUGCAGAAUUUUGUCUCCACUAUGUAAUAAGUAAAAUAUAUAAUUAAAAGACGGAGAUUUGGUUCCAGUAGUUUGGAUUAAUCGACAUUUAUCAGUGUCAAAACGGUGUUUGUUGACAAACGAAUUACGUGAUUACGGAAGUGUCAAAGUACAAACAAUAAAUAAACUGCCUUAAAGAGACAUAAUGAUUUCUCGUGACUAAACUAUUUCUUGUGUUAAAAAAUGCCGUCGAAAAAAGAGAGGCUUGAAAUGCUGGCCCGGGUAUGGAGUACCCCCACCCCCUUUGAUAUAGAUUUCUUUGACAAAGGAAAUGAGGUUGUGAUAGUGUCUUCAUACCGAGAUAUUGUGCCAUGGUGGAUGAACAUUUUCAAAGUGAUGUAUCCAAAUGAUACAUUUAGAGAAAAGGAAGAGAUCAUAAAGAUCAGUGUUGGACCGAAAGUGACGCUAAAACUUAACAAGAGGUCGGGAACUUUGAAAGUGUGUGGGAAAGAACAUCUGUUAUGGAUGACAGAUGAAUUUCCAAAUGUUCUAGAGACAGGAAAUGAUGAGGUGGAGGAACUUGCAGAUGCAUCGGACACAUCAGUCACCAGAUUCUUGCAGCUCGACAAAAAUGUUGAAGAGGUACAAGACUUGAUAGAUAUGAUACCUGAGGGUGGCGGAAUAAUGAUGCAUGACUUUAUUAUGAAGAUGUGGAAAAGCUUGAUCGAUGAUUGGCUGGGAUGCGGGGCCACAGUAUAUGUUGUCACCCCGAGGAUAGAUGAGGAGCGAUUGUUUCAAAUGUUCCUUCUUAUGAUCCGGAACAAGGGAACAGGGUUUCAUAUCACCCUGGUUACACCAAGCAAAUCCCCUGAUGGUGUAAAGUUCAUCAAAGUGUUAAAUACGGCAAGGCGUAUGAUGAAAAAGACGCGCACUCCAAGAACACAGAAGCGUCUUGUCUCAGACAUUAAAAUGCAUUGGGCAAUGACAAAUUUGAGUAUGCACCAUGAAAACUUUUCCACAAAUUUCAUCGCUGGUUUCAAAGAUGAAGAAGCUGAAGUUCUCAGCACAACUGCACAUUUUCACAAAGCUCAUUUUCAUACAAACCAAAGGGACAAUGUGAGUUACAAUAAAAUCAGUACAGAUGAACUUAGACGGAACUACUUGUUCCCACUAGGACUAAGUCCAGUCAACUAUUGAAUGUAGGAAAUAUUUUCUAGCAGACUGUUGGAGGAUACAGCUGCCAUUACCCCCUGAAUAAACACCCCCAUGGGCAUUGCAUGCUUAUAAAAGAAUAAAGCUGAAAAUGAAACGUUUAAUGAAAACAUUUUAGCAACACCAAAAUAAUGCUUAAGUCAUUUGACAUUUUUUUUGUAAAGAGUGGGUGGGAGUGUUUAUACAGGGGAAUACAAAGGUGCAGGUUCAUACAUAUCUUGUUUAAAUUAUACAAACAUGGAGGUGACACAAAGUUUGUCAAACCUGCAAAAGCUUGACUGUAUUGGGGCCAUUCUAUUGUUUUAAGACAGAAAAUACAUGUUUUGAUAGAAAGAAAUAUCUUUUUUAUCAGAAUAUAAUUCUUUAUGGAUCGAGAAUAAUUCUUGAUGUCAAGAAAUCAAUAUAAAACAAAUGUCUUAAAAAAUGAAAAAUGGCACAACAAAUUAUAGUGAUUUAGUACAUCGAUGUAUUGUGAUGAAAUUUUGAGGUCGAAAUUGGCUAUUGUGAUUGCUCUGUGUUCAUCAUUGUGCAUCAUCAUCAAAUUGAUAACACUCAGAAUGUCACAAUUUGACUCAUUCUUAAUGAGACCUGGUCAGAACGUUUGCAUCAAUGAAAUCUUGGACGAUAAUUGGUUGUAUCUUGGACAAAAAUUAUUAAGUGGUUUAGUCAGAUCACAGAAAAACAUUUUUAACACUUUAUAUGUAACAUUUUCUAGCUGACAUACAGGAAACCUGGUCAGAAUGCUUUUCUAUCCAGGCUAGGCUUGAGUAAAAAGUGAGGUCACAAGAGUGGGUAUAUUGCUUUGCACCUGUCAGUCGUGUCGGUCAGUCCGCAGUCCAUGAACACUUAAUGCCCAAUAACUUGAGAACCACUUCACCCAGAACCUUCAAACUUGGUAGCAUUAUUGGGCUUAUAAAGUAGACAAAAAUUAUAGCUUUUGGGGUCAGUAGGUCAAAGGUCAAUGUCACAGGGGCCUGAAACUUGAAAAUGGUUUCCAUCCAAUAACUGGAAAACCACCUGACUUAGAACCUUCAAACUUGGUAGCAUGAUAGGGCAUUAGGGCUCAUCAAGUAAUUGACCCUGUAGUUUUUAUGGUUAAUAGGUAAAAGGUCAGUGUCACAGGGGCUGGAACUCUGAAAACAUUUUCUGUCCAGUAACUUGAGAACCACUUGACCCAGAACCAUCAAAGUUGAAGCUUGAUUAGUCUUAUGAAUUGGAUGAUCCCUAUUGUUUUUGGGGUCUGUAAGUCAAAGGUCAGGGUCACAGGGGCUGGAACCUUGAAAACUGUUUCCGCCCAAUUGCAGUGUUUUUGACCCAGAACCUUCAAACCUAGUAGAUUGAUUGGGCUUAUGAAGUAGAUGACCCCUAUAAUAUUUUUGGUCAGUAAGUCAAAGGUCAAGGUCACAGGGGCCGGAACCUUGAAAACAAUGUCCGCCCAAUAACUUGAGAACCACUUGACCUAGAACCUUCAAACUUAAAAGCAUGAUUAAAUAUCUGAAGUAGAUGACGCCUAUUGUUUUUAGGGUCAACAGGUCAAAGGUCAAUGUUACAGGGACCUGAAAUUGAAAACGGUUUCUCCUCGAAACUUGAAAAUCACUUGACCAAGAACUUCCGAACUUGAUAGUGUGAUUUGGCAUAUGAAAUAGAUGGCCCUUAUUGUUUUGGGGGUCAAUAAGCCAAAGGUCAAGGUCACAUGGACCUGAACUUUGAAAACUGUUCUGCCCGGUAACUUGAGGAUCACUUCAUCAAGAUUCUUCAAACCUCAUAGCUUGAUUAGGCUUAAUGAAGUAGAAGACUCCUUUUCUUUUUAGUGUCAGUAAGUCAAAGGUCAGGGUCACAGGGGCCUGACCCUUGAAAGCAGUUUCCAUGCAAUAACUUGAGAACUACUUGACCAAGAAUCUUCAAACUUAGUAGCAUGAGUGGGCUUAUGAAGUUGAUGACCCCUAUUGUUUGUGGCGUUAGUAGGUCAAAGGUCAAGGUCAAAGUGAUCAUGUGACUGAAAAUAGGACAAGCCAUCAUAGGGGCAUAUGUGUUUUACAAACACAAACAGCUCUUGUUUAUUUUGUUUCAAUGUUUCAACUUAUUUUGGCUGCAAACAGGGAUAAAUUAAACUGUUGAAGGUUUUAUCAGACAGAUUUUGAUUAGUCAAUUUUCAAAAUGGGAACUGUAGAAUUGCUUGAAUCUGUCUGUCAGUCUGUCCAAAUGUUUGUCUGCUCUGUAACUUCCUUAGGCAAGGGUCAAUUUUCAAAUUGCUUAAUGCAUUAUGUUGACCACUUGCAAUCUGCUACAUGGAAAACCUAGGCCCAAACCUCAAGGUCAAGGUCACACUUGAGGUUAACAGUAAUCGCCAUUUAUCAAGGGAUUUUGAUAUUACUUAGCAGAAGUAUUCCCCAAAUUGAUACAUUGUGAUGGGCAGAAGCUGUAGUUCAAAGGUCAAGGCCACACUCAGAUGUCAAAGAUUAAAGGUUAUAUGUAUUGUCCAGGCUUUAAAAAACUGCAUAGAUGAUGAUGGAUAUUAAAAAAAAUCUUGGCAAAGACAUAAACCUGUCAUAUGUACCAAAGUAAAUUUUCUUCCUUUUUGUGCCCCCCCCCCCCCUCCCCCACCCAUGAGCGGUGGGGGCAUAUAGAUUAGCUCUUGUCCGUGCGUGCGUCUGUCCAAAGUUCGUGACAUGCCUAGCUCAAAAAGUAUUUGAUAUAAAUUGAUGAAACCUUGCAUGAGUCUUUACCAUGGUGUGAACUUGCGCACCUCCUAUUUUUCAUCUGGCUCUGCCCCUAUUUUUAGAGUUAUGGCCCCUGAAAUAGUCAAAAAUGCACAUUUUCACCUUGUGACACGCCUAGCUCAAAAAGUAUUUGUUAUAGAUUCAUGAAACCUUGCUUGAGUCUUAAUCAUGAUAUGAACUUGCGCACCACCUAUUUUUCAUCUGGGUCCGCCCCCUAUUUCCAGAGUAAUGGCCCCUGAAAUAGUCAAAAAAGCACAUUUUUACCUUGUGACACGCCUAGCUCAAAAAGUAUUUGAUAUAAAUUGAUGAAACCUUGCAUGAAUCUUUAUUACAGAGUUAUGGCCCUUGAAAUAGCCAAAAUAGCGGAAGUUUUGUUUGUGAUGCGCAAAGCUCAGAAAGUAUAUGGUGUAGAAUAAUGAAUCCAUUUCAUAUUUUUUUUUUUUUGAGGCUAUACCCCAUUAAGACUGCAAACAUUUGAAUGAUUCACCCUUAUUUGUGACAAAUGUACCAGUGGGGGGCACACCCUGUGUCCUACAGACACAUUCUAGUUUUGUUGUUGUCGUAUUUCAUCAAAUUACGGAACUUUACUUCCUUUUUACUAUUUUCUUUCCAAUUUAAGAAUGUUAUUAUAAAAAUAAGAUGUUAGAUAUUCAUAGAUAUUUACAAUGAAGAUUUUACAGACAUGCAAAUUCAAACCCAGACUUUUUGCAUGAUAAUAUAAUAUAUUCUAUAGAUUGUGUAUAAUAUAUUAUUACAUUAUUCUUCACAACAAAUGGCAAGUUGAUAGUCUGUGCUAUUGACCAGUUGAUAGCUCAGCAUAGGGUUGCUGGACUUUUGUUACAAAUUUAGAGAGCAAAAACUUCGAAAUUAAUUUCUAAUGUCAUGUAAUAAGACUUUUUAUAUAUGGACCUUGGCAGAGUGGCCAACCCAGGUGACUUAGGUAUUGUACACACAUGGAAAAUUGCUUCAUUCAGGAUACAUUAAUACAGCAAAUUUCCCUGUGUGUAUGAUAUCAAAAAAUCACUUGGUUGGGUUGGACAAAAGUUAUAAUUGUUGAUAGGCAAGCCAUUCAGUAAGUGUAUAAUAUUGUAUAUACAUUUACAUCCUUGAGGUAUCAGAUCAUAUAUUCUGCAUGCGCAGUUGAGAUAAUUAAUCCUCAACCAAUAGAAUUGUUUUAUUUUUACAACAAUAACUUGCAGGUUAUUUGUUGAAAUAUAAAUCUGGUCAUUAGUUACAGAGUUAAAGCAAAAAAUAUUUAGAUAACUCUACAAGCAAACCACUUCAUAUGAUGAAAGUUUGAUGCUUCAUAUAAAAUGUUUGAUUAGGACCAAUAUGAUUGCUGAAAUUCAAGUGGAGGUCAAGUGUCGCAAAACAUUUAUGACUUUAUUAAACCAAUCAUCGAAGUGACAUUUCAUGUUGAUAAUAGUAAGAAAAUGGACUUUUAUAAUAUUAUGUUUUUGUUAAAUUUAAAAAUGAAAAUUUUGGUUGCCUAUAUUUAAAAUGGCCACAAAAAUUCAAGAUUUCACAUUUCAUUACCUUUCAGGAACAUACAUGUACUUAAUCAACUCUUACUGAGUCUGUUUAAUUUAUAAUUCCUUUGCAUUCUAGCUGUGCUUCCAAAAGAUCAUCCUUUUUGUUAUGUAUUGUUUGUCUUUACAAUAUCAGAUUAAAAGGUUUUUGCUCGACUGAUUUUUGAAAAAAAUCUAUGAGGUAUUGUUGUCACUUGAUCAUCAGCAUCGGUUAAAAUUUUGUUUAGGUCCACAUUUUCCUGAAAAACUAAAAGAGCUAUACUGUUCUCUUGAAGUCUGUAUGAGCUAUAGGUUUGAAACUUUGUACACUUGUUUAUUAUCAUAAGAUUAGUAAGUAGGUCAAGAACCAUAACUCUCUCUCUUGUGCAUUUUGUCAGAAUUAUGGGCAUUUUUAACAUAGAAAAUCAUUAUUUCUUGGUUGUUUUUUGUUUAAGUAUUUCUUGGUUGUUAGCUCGACUAUUCGAAGAAUAGUCUAGCUAUUCUACUCACCCUGGCGUCGGCGUCACACCUUGGUUAAGUUUUUGCAUGCAAGUACAUACAGCUAUCAUUUAAAGGCAUAUAGCUUUGAAACUUAUUUAUUCUUUUUCUAGGUCAAUUACCAACCUCACUGGGUCAAGUUCCAUAACUCUAACAUGUAUUUUGAGCAAAUUAUACCCCCUUUUGGACUUAGAAAAUUCUGGUUAAAGUUUUACAUGCAAGUUACUAUCUCCAAAACUAAUGCAGAUAUUGAAUUGAAAGUUUACAUGUGUAUUUGGGGUUAUAAAACUAGUUCAUUGCACCAAGUCCCAUAACUCUGACCUUCAUUUUGGCCAAAUUAUGCCCCCUUUUGUACUUAGAAAACUUUGGUUAAAGUUUUGCGUGCAAGUACAUACAGCUAUUACUAAAAGGCAUAUAGAUUUGAAACUUAUUUUUUUCUUUUUUUAGAUCAAUUACCUACCUCACUGGGUCAAGUCCCAUUACUCUGACAUGUAUUUUGGCCAAAUUAUGCCCCCUUUUGGACUAAGAAAAUUCUGGUUAAAGUUUUGCGUGCAAGUACAUACAGCUAUUACUAAAAGGCAUAUUGAUUUGAAACUUAUUUUUUCUUUUUCUAGAUCAAUUACCUACCUCACUGGGCCAAGUUCCAUAACUCUGACAUGUAUUUUGAGCAAAUUAUGCCCCCUUUUGGACUUAGAAAAUCCUGGUUAAAGUUUUACAUGCAAGUUACUAUCUCCAAAACUAAUGCAGAUAUUAAAUUGAAACUUCACAUGUGUCUUCAGGGUUAUAAAACUAGUUGAUAGAAUCAAGUCCCAUAACUCUGACGUGUAUUUUGGUCAAAUUAUGCCCCCUUUUGGACUUAGAAAGUCCUGGUUAAAGUUUUGCGUGCAAGUACAUACAGCUAUUACUAAAAGGCAUAUAGCUUUGAAACUUAUUUAUUCUUUUUCUAGGUCAGUUACCAACCUCACUGGGUCAAGUUCCAUAACUCUUAACAUGUAUUUUGAGCAAAUUAUGCCCCCUUUUGGACUUAGAAAAUUCUGGUUAAAGUUUUACAUGCAAGUUACUAUCUCCAAAACUAAUGCAGAUAUGGAAUUGAAACUUAACAUGUUUCUUCGGGGUUAUUAAACUAGUUGAUAGCAUCAAGUCCCAUAACUCUGAUAUGCAUUUUGGUCAAAUUAUGUCCCGUUUCGAACUUAAAACUCUUUUGAUAUUUAACAUUUUGGGUAAUAAUUUCCUCCUGUGACAAUAUUUCGAAUAGUCGAGCUUUGCUGUCUUACGGACAGCUCUUGUUUUUUGUUUAAGUUCACUUUUCUUGAAUACUUUCUAUAGCUUCGAAACUUCUCAUCAAUUAAGAUGAGUAAAAAGACCAAGAACAAUAACUCUUUUCUUGCAUAUUGUCCAGCACUUACAGACGAGCGAUGGCAUCUACAGGCGGUGCUCUUGUUUUUUUCUUUUACAGCAACAUGGUUACAUUUUCAUAUUUUGACCACUUUUAUCCUGCCUGGUUCUAAUUUUACAUUAAGCAAAUAAGACCUGCAUCAAAGCAUGUGUUCUUCACUCUGUAACAUAAGGAUAGUGUCAUUUGCAUAUUCCUUGUAACAAUUUCAUGGUUAUAAACAAUUUAGGUUUCACAAAUGACACUAGGACAACUUUGUGGUGAAGCAAUUUAUAAUAUUUACAUGGUAAAUGCUCUAAUUAAAAAAGCAUGCCGCUACAAUUCUAACUGGUGACAAAGGGAAAAAAUGCUUUAUGAGUGUGUAUAAUACCUCUUUUGACAUUUAUUAUGCAUUUAACAUAAAAGAGUAGUAAAUUUAUGCAGCAAAGUUAAUUCAUGAGAGCGAACCAGUGUAUAUAACAUAAUCAUGAUAGAAGAGUAAGGUAUGCAUGGUUUUGCUUGAAGGGGAUUUCAGGCAACCCGCCUGGUUUAGCCAAUCUGGCAUACCAGUAGUUUUUCUCAAAACUUCUACACUACUGUCUACAGAUAAAAUCAAUGAAAAGAUAUUACACAGUUUUCACUUGACAUUUUCACAUGAUGCAUUUCUCCUUAUAUUAAAUUUAUUCUAAUUUUAAACAAAAUGGAGAAGUAAGGUAUGUGCCAUCUUGAAUUUUGGCCACUAUCUUUAUUUUAGGGAUUUGAUCUUAAUAAAGUGUCAAAUUAUCAACAUGCAUAUAGCAGUUUGCUUGUAGAUUUAUCUGUAUGAUUUGACAUAUUUGGAGCUAUAAACACUCCCAACUAUAUGACAUCAUUAUUGUUUUGGAUAUUACAUCAUAACUGGUUUAUACUGUACAAAACAUGCUCUUGAAGAUUUUUGCACAGAUCAGUGUGUUUUUGGCUCCACCAACAAGUCAUGCCAUGUCUUAUCAUGUACCUUGUGACUGAGCUUAGCUCAAUGGAAAUAACUAGUAAUAUGAUUUUAGAAUAAUUCAUGAUAUUUUAAUACAGAGAAGACAUAUUAACAGUAAGAAAUUGGUUCAUAGAGAUAUGGUUUCUUAUGAAUAUUUUUUGCCUUUAUUACACUUGCCUUAUCAGGAAUAUAUUUGAUGUGUACAUGUACAUUUGUACCAAUAUCAUUAGUUGUACAUAUUAUUCUUUCUGUUCUGUUUUUGCAUAGAAUAUGCCAGAAUGGGAUUGUACAAAAAUAGUACAUUUUUGAGCACCCCUCUUAACUUCCAUAAAAAAUUGGGGUGGGGGGAACACUUAGAGUUGAGUAUUUAGUUAGAAAUAUGCACACAGUAUCAGGGAUUAGGGGCACCAGUGUCCUAUGGGCAAACAUCUAGUUAAUCAUAAAAUGAAUAUAUAUUGAUUUAAUAUUGUAUAGUACUGAAAUACUAGAAUGCAUGUUUUGGAUUGUUCUCUGUUUUCAGAAAAAAAAAUGAAAUUUAAGGGAUUCUGUUUUGUUUCUAUUAUAACUGGUAUCUUAGAUAUAAGUAUAGAUUUAAUUUUUCUAUCAAUGACUUUUUCAUCUCUGUGUGAAACAAUAGUUUUAUUGUUCUUCUUAUCAGCUAGAUUUACUAAUGAUAUUAAAAAAUAAUUUCUAAAUAGUAUUGCCAAAAUACUUUAUAAUUAUGAAGCAUAGCUUUCACCACAAAAAAAUUUACAUUGUUGAUUGUUGAAGCACAGCUUUCAGAAGUUAUCUAUUCAUUUUUAUUACUAUGUUAUCAACUUUGUAAUUAAUGUUUAAAGAUAUGGAUAAUCAAGUUUGUGUUCUUUUAAAUUCCACAUGUUUACAUUAGAGUGAAAUAAUUAUAUACUGUUAAAUUUUCCUUAUCAGCAGUCUGUAGAAAGUCGGCAAACUUCCUGAAGUGACAUUUUUCUUUUUAUUUCAUAAUGCCAUACAGUCGCAUUGUGUCACCAUCUUGACUGGUUGGACUGUAGAAAUUAAUUUCACAGUAAAAAAUAUCAGACGAGGUGUAUAUUAAUAGUGCACUGACAUGGCUUCACUGUUUGAUCCAUUACAAAAACAGAAAUGCUUCUUUUUUCAUACACGUUUAAAUUUGUUUGGAAUACUUUUGACAUUACAAAAAAAGUUUGAAUUAGCUAGGAAUUCACUGGAAUCCUUUUCAGGAGACUCUGCUUCUGUGUUUGUUUCUGUUUCAUUUUUAGCUCGACUAUUCAAAGAAUAGUAGAGCUAUUGGACUCACCCAUGCGUCGGCGUCCGUGUCCGCGUCCCGAUUUGGUUAAGGUUUUGUAUGUAAGCUGGUAUCUCAGUAACCACUUGUGGGAAUGGAUUGAAACUUCACACACUUAUUCACUGUGAUAAACUGACCUACAUUGCACAGGUUCCAUAACUCUAUUUUGCUUUUUUACAAAAUUAUGCCCCUUUUUCGACUUAGAAAUUCUUGGUUAAGGUUUUGUAUGUAAGCUGGUAUGUUAGUAACCACUUAUGGGAACGGAUUGAAACUUCACACACUUAUUCACUGUGAUAAACUGACCUACAUUGCACAGGUUCCAUAACUCUAUUUUGCUUUUUUACAAAAUUAUGUCCCCUUUUCGACUUAGAAAUUCUUGGUUAAGGUUUUGUAUGUAAGCUGGUAUCUCAGUAACCACUUGUGGGAAUGGAUUGAAACUUCACACACUUAUUCACUGUGAUAAACUGACCUAAAUUGCACAGGUUCCAUAACUCUUUUUUGCUUUUUUAAGAAAUUAUGCCCCCUUUUCAACUUAGAAAUUCUUGGUUAAGGUUUUGUAUGUAAGCUGGUAUCUCAGUACACACUAAUGGGAAUGGAUUGAAACUUCACACACUUGUUCACUGUCAUGAUCUGACAUGCACUGUGUAGGUCCCAUAACUCUGCUUUGCAAUUUUUUCAAAAUUAUGCCCCUUUUUCGACUUAGCAGUUUUUGGUUAAGUUUUUGUAUGUAAGCUGGUAUUUCAGUAUCCACUUAUGGGAAAGGAUUGAAACUUCACGCACUUGUUCACUUUAUGAGCUGAUAAGCACUGUGAAGGUUCCAUAACCCUUUUUCCCAUUUUUACAAAAUUAUGCCCCUUUUUCAACUUUUGUAUUCAUUCAAUUGACAAGGCUGUUGAAUAGUCGAGCGUUGCUGUCCUCCGACAGCUCUUGUUUUGUUUAUGUUUCAUACUUCACUGCAUAGAACUAAUAUUUGUUGUAAAGAUCAUAUUAAAUUUUUCGAGAUGGGAUACAUUAUAUAUGUGUGAAAAAUAAAAUCUUUGUCGUAAA